CAUCCACUUUAGUCUUAUAUUUUAGAUUAUACUUAAAGUCUGUGACAUCCGACUUAUUGGUUUUGUUAAAUAAACCUCCAAAAUGCAUAUUCUUAGUAGCGGACAGAUUCUGGCUGCUUUUUUAUGGGCUUCCAACGCCCACGCAUCACCAGACCCCUCAAAGCCCCACGACUUUGACGUUUUAAAAUAUGUCAAUCCUCUUAUUGGGACUAUCAAUGGGGGCCACGCAUUUGCUGGUGCCUCACUGCCAUUCGGAAUGGCAAAAAGCGUAGCAGAUGUCAACAGCAAAGAAGAGAGGCAAGGAGGCUUUGCUUCAGACAAUAGUGAUAUCACAGGCUUCUCACACAUGCACGACUCAGGGACAGGUGGUGCUGCAUCACUUGGAAAUUUCCCCAUCUUUGCUCAAACCGGGUGCCCUGGGGACGAAAUCAACAACUGCAAGUUUACGAAGGUAGACCGAGCGUCACGGAGAAUAAAUGGAUCGGUAGAAGCGCGCCCCGGUUACUUUGCUAUUACCCUGAACACGUCGAUUCAUACUGAGAUGACGGUUACGAAUCACACGUCUCUGUAUAGAUUCACGUUUCCAACAAAUGAAACCUCGAAUGCUACCUAUCCUAACCAGACAACCCAUGCAUUGCCGCUUAGUCCUCUGAUUCUAGUGGACUUAUCAGAUCUCCCUGAUUCAAGAAUAAAGGGCAGCAUAGCCGUUGACCCUACUAGUGGCAGAAUUACAGGAAAUGGGACAUUUACUCCUUCUUUCGGAAUUGGAUCGUACAGCUCCUACUUCUGUGCCGAUUUCUCAGGCGCCGCUAUCCGCGACACGGGAGUUUGGAUGAACAAUCGAGCGGGCAGUGAGCCUAAGCAUCUUAGUGUGGCAACGGACGGUGUCAACUCUCCUCCUUUGCCAGCCGGCGCAUGGACACAAUUCCAUGCCCCUACUUCUAAAAACGAGAUCCUUGUUAGGGUUGGUCUUAGUUUCAUCAGUGAGGCAAAAGCGUGUCAAAAUGCCGAGCUGGAAAUACCUGAUUUCGGAUUCGACAAGACUCUGCAAGCUGCUGAAGAUGCCUGGAGGUCGAAGUUGUCUGUGGUUAAUAUCGAUGCUACCGGAGUUAGUGAUGAUAUUCAGACUGUGUUCUGGAGUGGAAUGUACAAGAGUAUGAUUUCGCCACAGGAUUACACCGGCGAGAACAAACUGUGGGAUAGUUCUGAGCCCUACUAUGAUUCGUAUUAUUGCAUUUGGGAUUCUUUCCGAAGUGUUCACCCCCUCCUGACUAUUGUUGAUCCUACAAGCCAAACCCGGAUGAUACGGUCACUGAUUGACAUUUAUCGACAUGAGGGCAAACUCCCUGAUUGCAGGAUGAGUUUUUGCAAAGGACUCACACAGGGAGGGUCGAAUGCGGAUAUUGUUCUAGCUGACUCGUAUCUGAAGAACAUCACAGAAGGAGUCGACUGGGCCACUGGCUAUGAGGCCGUGGUUUCUGAUGCCGAAGACGAACCCCUUAACUGGUCUGUAGAAGGACGCGGCGGGUUACACAGUUGGAAAAACUUACAUUACAUCCCAACUGACGACUUUGAUCCCUAUGGAUUCGGGCCCUUUACAAGAAGCAUUUCUCGCACUGUCGAAUACGCCUACGAUGAUUUUUGUAUUGCCGAAAUGGCAAAGGGAAUGAACAAGAUUGCUGAUGGGGAGAAAUACCUUGAACGCUCGGAAUACUGGAAAAAUAUGUACAAUCCACAUCAGACAUCCCAUAUCGAUGGCAAAGACACGAACUUCGUUGGCUUCUUGCAGCCAAAGUACCUAAACGGCACCUGGGGCUAUCAGGACCCUAUACUCUGUUCUCCGCUAUACAACUUCACCUCCUGCUAUCUUUCGCCAGGGGGACACGAGACAUAUGAAGGUAGUAGCUGGCUAUACACUUUCUUCGUGCCACAAGAUAUGGCCUCUCUAAUUCUCACACUCGGUGGCCCCGAAACAUUUAUCAAGCGCCUCACAUAUCUUCACUCAUACCCCGAUCUUCUCUACCUUGGUGACGAGCAAGCGUUCCUCCCGGUUUUCCAGUACCACUAUGGCGGCCGGCCAGCCCUAUCCGCUGUUCAGGCACACACCUACAUACCCAGCCAAUUCAACAACACCUUUAACGGUAUUCCAGGAAACGAAGACAGCGGAGCCAUGGGAUCCUUCUCGUCCCUCGCGAUGAUGGGACUCUGGCCUGUAAGCGGUCAAGAUGUGUAUCUCAUCACGCCUCCGUUUUUCAAAGAGGUCAAUAUAACGAACGGCCAGACGGGUAAGACUGCAGUGGUACGGAAUAUUAACUUUGAUGCCGAGUAUGAAAAUGUGUUCAUCCAGAGUGCGACGUUGGAUGGGGCUCCUUACCACAAGAAUUGGAUAUCGCACAGCUUUUAUAGUCAAGGCGGCGUGCUAGAAUUAACAUUGGGUACGAAUGAGAGUGCAUGGGGGACAGGGCAUCAUGACUUGCCACCAAGUUCGUCGACGAGUGGAGUGGCUUAAUAAAAGAGGGUUUGGCUAUUCUCAAACCAGCCACACUUUCACACAGGUAGUUAGCAUGUAUGAG